GCCGUUAGUACGGAUGAUGAUCCAACAUUAAAUAGUUUGACUUUACGAUUUUGGGUUUUAAGCACCAUUUUUACAGCAUUGGGUGCCUUUGUAUCAGUAUUCUACUUCUUUCGUGCAAAUAGUUUGACUUAUUCUAUGUUCUUUGUGAUACUUGCGUCCUUUAUUUUUGGAAAAUGGAUGGAAAGGCUCCUACCGAAUAGGAUAUUUCGUAUUGGAAAGUGGGAAUUUAAUCUAAAUCCAGGUCCUUUUAACUAUAAAGAACAUGUAUGCAUAGUAGCUUCUGCUACUGCGGGUGGUAUUAGCGCGUAUGCUGUGGAUAUUAUCUCAAUCCAAGAAUUAUUCUAUGGCACUCAUGUCAAUUUCGUAAUUGGUUUCUUGUUGCUGCUUAGCACACAAAUGCUUGGAUAUGGACUCGCCGGUUUUUGUCGAAAAUUUUUGGUUCGUCCCGCUAACAUGUUAUGGCCUCAAUCUCUCGUCUUUGCUAGCAUGUAUAACACACUACACGGCAAUAUUUCGGAAAUGAAUGAUAGAAUUCGCUUUUUUUAUAUCGCAUUUGCUGCAAUGUUCGUUUGGCAGUUUAUACCAGGAUACAUCUUUCCUUGGUUAAUUAGCGCUUCUUUGUUAUGUCUUAUGGUUCCAAAUAAUAAUACGGCAAGGAUAUUAGGAAGUGCUCAAAAAGGUUCUGGAAUGCUUAGUUUUUCCUUUGAUUGGAACGCAAUUGGUCAAGUUUUUCCCCUAUACACUCCAUG